CUCUAUUCAAACAAUCCUCUCUGACACAGUCACCUUCUUCUGUUAAGUCAGACUAACAGUUUGUAGACGUCUGAUAAAUGGCAUUGUUCAUCCCUGAUAUGGCUGGUCAUCUGUUUUUGGUCAUCCUCCUUUUCGACAGCUUCCAAUACAUCGAAGCCCAAGAUCAUUACCAAGGUCACCAAUCAAAACCGGACAUUAUAGUCCAAUUUGAUGAGGACUUCACCAUCAUCUGUUUGAUUCCUGGAUCCGUCAGUCCUGACACCACCUGUAACCUGUAUGUUGGAGAGGAGAGUCAGCCAUCCUUCACAGCAAAGAUCAAGAAGAGACAAUCCACCUCAGCACCCAGACAGGAGUUCUGUCAAUUCACUCCAAAUCAUAGUGAUCUGAUCAGUCGUCUACAGUCAGUGAGGAGUAAGGAGGUGAGCUGUGACUACAGAGUGAGCUCAGGACCAAACUCUCUCUCUCCACGCAGUGAUGGGUACAGCUUUACAGAUCUGGUGGGAGUUUACAUUAGUUUUCCAACAACUAAACACUUUCCAACAGAAACCUUACUUGUCAUCCUGACUCCUCAUUCUACUGAACCAAAUGCUCCAUUCAUCACAACCUCUGAGAUCUCUACAGGAAACACCACUGACCCCACACUGACUCCAAUGGGGAAAGAGCCACUUGAUUUCCUGUGGCGUCACAUCCUCACUGUGUUUGUCCUACUGGCUACCUGUGGAUUAAUUAUACACUACAUCAUCUCCCAUCAAUGCCCUAAAGCUGUUCCAAAGAGAAGCAGGAGGGUGGACCAGAGCAAUGAAGACUUUUCGUUGACAGUGUGCUAAAUCACUGUGCUAAAUCACUGUGCAUACCUACAAACAUACACGCACGCACACACACAAACUUAUGUUUACAUUUAAAAAUAUAUAUAUUUUACGUUUUAUGCAUCUUUGAGAUAUCUGUGAUUUUUCUUUUCAAAUUGAGUGCAUGAUAGUGUUACUUGGCAAGUUGAAAACUUAAUGUACAAAGUGUACAUACAUACAUUGACUGUACAAAACAUUAAGAACACCCUCCCCCCAGUUUGAAGUAAGUUACUAACUGGCGUUAGGGGCAUGGACUCUAUAAGGUGUUGAAAGCGUUCCACAGGGAUGCUGACUCCAAGGCUUCCCACAGUCGUGUCAAGUUGGAUGGCUGUCCUUUGGGUGGUGGACCAUUCUUGAUACACACGUGAAACUGUUGAGUGUGAAAAACCCACCAGCGUUGCAGUUCUUGACACAAACGGGCCUGGCACCUACUAUCAUAACCUGCUCAAAGGCACGUAAAUAUUUUGUUUUUCCCAAUCGAUGUCUCAAUUGUCUCAAGGCUUAAAAAUCCUUCUUUAAUCUGUCUCCUCCCUUUCAUCCACAAUGAUUGAAGUGGAUUUAACAAGUGACAUAAAUAAGGGAUCAUAACUUUCACCUGAAUUCACCUGGUCAGUCUUUGUCAUGGAAAAAGCAGGUGUUCAUAAUGUUUUGUUUUGUACACUCUGUGUAUACAAACAUACAUACAUUUGCACACAUACAUUUUUAUUUAACACCGUUUUAUGCAAUCAAGUGUCCUUUCUAUAAUCUUUGUUGAAAUUGACUGCAUGAUAGUGUUGAAGGCAAGGUGCACACAGCAAUGUUUAUUAACUUUUCAAAUAACAGUUUGUCUCAGGGAUCUUUAUUUAUUUACAAAUAAUAUGUAAUAGUCUGUUUAGCCUGGAUGCCAGUCUGUUUCUACUCUAUUGCUAACUCCCUAUGUAAUUGCCAUGUUUACAACAUUUCAUAAGGAGUUGGCAAGAGAGCAUAAACAGACUGGCACCCAGGCUAGAGUCUGAUUGGUAUUAAUGUCAAUUAUACAUGUAUUAUAUAUAUAUAUAUACCCACUAACAGGGUAUGGUAAUAAGUUCUUGAUAGCAGUGUAGUUCUAGCGUCCCUUCAGAAAGCUGUCCAGUAUGCGGUCUCCCCUGUCUGAGAGCCAGUAUCCAGCCAUGGCCGCCACUCCAACCAUUAUCUAUUUCACUUGCUAUGGUAAUGUUAACAUAUCUUUCUCAUGCCAAUAAAGCCCUUGAAUUGAAUUGACCAAGAGAGAGAUUUACCAAAAUACGUUUCAGUAGAAAGUUAACAAAAAAUAGACAAGAUCCUUUAACGAUAGAGACAAGUACUUUUUUAUUUAUGGAAAAAUUACACUGAUAAACGUAUAUCCUAUUUUACUUGCUUACUUACUUAUGGAGUUGCCUUCUCCAGAUUAUUUGUUUUUAAAAUCAUAUUUCGCUUUAUCUGGAACGCUAAGCCAGACAAGAUUACACAUGCCUAUUUAUAUAAUGAAUAUCAGUUUGUGGGGCUGAAAUUAUUAAAUAUUAAAGCACUAAACAUCUCACUUCAAAACUUAAACCCGAUCUUGUUCUCCAGUAGAUUCAUAAGAAAGGCUCAUCCCUUGUUCAAAAAUGUCCUAUUUGCUUUUAUACAGAUUGCUACUUCUCAUUUUCGGUUAAUUGAAAAUGAAACCUUUUUCAAAGUACAUUAUAACAAAUAUUAUAGUUAAACUCAUAUUCGGAUUGAAUAAAACAAAUAUUUUCAUAAAAUCUUUAACAGGGUAUUAUAUUUGUUAUUAUGAAUCGAAAUGGUAGAGUUAUGUCACAACUGCAGCUUUUGGAAAUAUAUGAGAAGGUUUGCCCAAUCCAAACUUACAACCAAUUGAUUGCAGCAGUACCGCAGAAAUAAAGGAGGAAGUAGGAAACGGGUCUGUCUGCCCUAUAUUAAGGACCAAAACUGUAAAUCAAAAAAUAUAUCAGUUUCAUUUGAGGACCAAAAUGUUGACAGCUGCGCCACACAGGUUGUAAAAUAGCAGGGAAUUAAUUUAUGUACCAAUACAAUGGUACAAGGUGUAUGAUAUACAAAACGAUGCAAGAUUCAACACUGAGUUUUUCCAAUUUAAAUUACUGUACAACGUUUUUGCAACAAACAACAUUUUAAAUAUAUGUGGCAUACAACCAUCUCAGCUCUGCAGAUUUUGUUGUGAAGAGACAGAAUCAUUAGACCAUUUAUUCUGGUAUUGCCCCCAGGUAGCUUUUUCCUGGUUACAAGUUCAGGAAUGGCUGAAAAAUCACAUUGUUUUUAAAUUAAGGCUACAAAUACUAUUGUUGGGAGAUUUGGAAAGACAAUCAAUCAACAAUAUAAUAAUACUUAGCAAAAAUAUGUAUCUUUAACCUCCUAGAGUCGAUGUCCGUGCUCCCGUGGAAAUCUAAUUAGCAACAUGAAAGAACACAUUUACCGGAAACAUUAUUUGUUUAUAUUUUCAUUUCUAUAAGCAAAUUCAUACUUUCCCAUCUUUUGGUUGCUAGAGACAAGACACAGUUGUUUGUUCGAUUAGAUCAAUAUUUACAGAGGCGACCCAGUUGUUUGUUCUUUAUGUUCCGUUGUCAUGCUCAGUGGCAACGUUCUUAUCCCUUCCUUGCUGCUAGCUAACCAAUUAGCUACGGCUACACAGUCACGUCCUCUGCAGCCAGAAUAACAGUGAAGUUUGUUCUGUUGCAUUUGUUUAUGCUGUUUAUCCCGUUUAUACCACAGUUGAGAAAGAAAACAAUACUAUAAGCACACAUUUACUGGUAGAAAUGACGUUUUUUAUGAUAUUUUUAUUUAUAAAAGAGAAUUCCUACUUUCAUCUUUUGGUUGCUAGAGACUCGACCCAGUCAUUCGUUCGAUUAGUUCGAUAUUUAUGGAGGCGACUAACAGGUGUCGUAAUGAUUGGACCAAGGUGCAGCGGGAACGUGUAUACUCAU